AUGGCGACUAUUCUAGGAGAAAGGAAAGUGAUAUUUUCGGGAUUAUGGCGGUCAUCACCCCGGACGGAUGUUGAUCGGCAGCUGAGACUGAUCAGUGAGGAAUAUCAAAAGAAACCAGGAUUACCAGCAUCGUUUCAAAUCACGCCAGUGGCUGUCGAGUUACAUAUUAUCAGUGAAAAUGGCAAGUCGGCACGGAACAUGAAAAUCGAAUUUAAAGAUAUUUAUGAUGUUAUGGUAAAUAAAUACCAUCCUCUGUGUUUAAUGGUUGUUUAUUCAGACCUCCAAAAUUCUCAUAAUUUCUUGGCAUGUCAGUGUUAUAAAGAAUCCGAUGGAAUCCAAAUGAAUAAGGUGUAUCGUGAAUGUAAAAUGCGAAAUAGUUCCCGUUCGUCGCCACGACCCGAUCCUCACCGUCAAAAUUGGGUUCUGAAACCGAAACCUGUGUCGAACAAUAACGAAGGUGAGUCGGACAGUCUAACGUCGAAUGAUAAGGAGAAAGGAUUAAAUGGUGUGGAACGUCCAAAUGUUCUACACACAUCCAGUUUAGAUUCUUCUGGAUAUCAUUCUGUGGAAGUUCACCGUUCUGACUCGUCACUUCAUGAUGACGAGGUAUCCAUGGACUCUCGAGUGACUGAUAGUCUCCCGUCUCCAUCUGGAAAUUUUUAUGACGGAGACUCUUUAGUUUCAAUGGAAUCUUAUAACUCGAUGAAGGAAGAACUCUUAAAUUUGUCCCAAGAAGUUCGGAAUAUCAAAUCCUUGUUACUGCAACAGGGUAUUGAUCCCGAUUCCUUUCAAAAUGUUAAGGGACAUGUGAAUGGACACACCGAGAUCGAGGAAAAACAUUCCCCCUCGUCGGAUAGACACGUAAAUUUUGCAAUUGACGAAACGAAAGGACUCAACGAUUCUGGACGAAAAGGGCUGUACGUUAAGAGACCAGCCGUGCUCACCCAUUCUACGAGAGGUAAACUUCCGGUUCGUGCUCAUCAUUACAGAACAGGUUCAUCAAACAGUGCAUCAACUCCUUCUCCAGUGUAUGUUGGAGCCAAUGAGGUUUUUGAUUACCACCAGAAACCUUUACAGACAGUUCAAGUUGUUUCUGGACCAGUACCACAACGACGUGGGUCCCAAAAUGCAGUUUCAUCUACGAUACACAAACCUAUAGAACAAGUUUAUCAGAUGCAACCGCGCCAAUCUCAUUCCCAUCGGCGCCAGAUCGUUCUACAUCCGGGACAAUCGUCCACGUUACCUGCAAUGCGACGUCACGCUGACUCCGACCAUGUUAUUAAAAACGGCAACUUUUGA